AAGGUCCCGGUAAAAAAGGUACCUGUGUAGGGAAAAUUCUGUAGGGGAAAAUAUUUUAAAUGAGAAGAUUGGAUUGAAUGGCUUUUUGCUGUUCCGUGCAUGUUUUUUUGCGUGUCGCCCCAGCAAAAACAUAAGUCCUGGCCGUUCGCGAAAAAACUGACGGCACCGUUGGGAAAGUGAUAGUGAUUAUUACUGUAUACUGGGUAUACGUAGGCCCUUCAUGGAACGCAGUGCAGAAAGUUUUCAAACAUUCAUUAAGCAUUGGCCCUAUAGAUCGGCUACUGCGAUUACCCAGCUUACACUAGUACCUGCUGGCCCCGUGACGGGCAGAAAGAAGGAAGACGUCUGUUUGGAACUCAACUCCAAUAGAUCGGCAUCGAUACAUUUAAUAGUUUGAAUCUUCUUAGCGGCAAACGUAUUUAGAUUUAGAUUAGAUAGAUUCUCUGGGAUUUUGAUUUCGAGUUUUAUCUUCAAAAGAUGGAGAACUCUAAUGGGUAAAUAUGUUUUUUCAUUUAUUUUUAUUGUUUGUUUUUAAGAUCAAUAUAUUUUGUCAUAAAAGAAGUCAUUCCAUACUGAAAAUAUUAUUGCUCCUUCUUCAGAAAUAGCUUUCGAAUAUUGUUAAAUAUAUGUUAAUUAAUAAUAAUUGUUUAGUUUAAACACUUAUUUUAAAUAAAUUUUUCCCGAUGUUUUGCGAUCGAAAGUAAAUUGCUUAAACUCAGAAUUCAAAGGUGCCAUAAAGGAAUGCAAUUGCAAUCCUAUUUUAAAAUUGCAAAAGUCUUUAAAAUAUUUCUUACAUUGAAAUGUUAUUUUCCUUUUUCGUGGGAAUGUACCUUUCAUUUAAUUUAGAAUAAAAUUAAGUUUUGUCCAUUAAUGAUUAAUUCGUACAUUUUAACUGAAUACUUUAAUAUUUAGUUGGAAUUCAUAAAACACUGAUAUUCUCUGCUUUUGUUUACAAAUGUAUUGCAUAUUUAAUGAUCUUAAUUAUUCGUAUAAAAUGUAAUGAUCAUAAUAUCAAUGUAUGGAUUGAAUUCUCUCUCAGAUGUUAGCGCUAUGAAGAUAUAUCUGUAUUGUGAUCUGUUAUGCCAACUACAAACAUCGAGGCUCCAAAUGAAAUGCAAACUUGUUAAAUUUCACAGUAUAGUACAACCACCAAGACAAAUUUGGUGCAAUGCCAUCAAUCCCGAUGAAAAAAAUACGGAAGCUUUAAAUUUAUGCAUUUAAGUUUUUGGCGCACCUAAUCCCAAUGUAGUUUUUCAAUGGUUCGCACUAUGGAUUUGCCAUAGUUUUAAAAAUCCUGAUGUCAUUAUUACGAUAUAUGAAUCAUUGUUUUCACUACAGCGCGAGAAUCUCGCAUAUUUUUUUCUUUCAUUAAAUUCAUUUUAUUAAUUAAAUUCAUUUCAUUUCUUUCAUUUUUUUCUUUUCUUUCUCCUCGCAUUAAAAAAUUAUUAACGCGAGAAGUUCGUGCACCCUAUUAAUGAAUUUCAAAAUGCGUGAAUUUCGCGAAUUUUGGAAAAAAUUUCGUUUUCUCCCAUUUCGAAUGAAAUCUGCUUCGUUUUUCUUCCUUGAUCUUUCAUUAUUUUCAAUAUCGGUCCUUGUUAUCUAGCUUCCCUAUUUACCAGUAUUGUUCAGAACCAGAACACCCCUUUCAGAACACAUUUUUCUGCAACCACGUGUUCACCGUAGGUAAGGUUUCUUCAUGUAAAACGUUUAAAUUUUUUGUGCCUGAAUGUAAGAUGGACAAAUACAUUGUUAAGUUUGUUGAGAGUUUUAAGAUAUAGACUAUUUAAAAUAAUGAACAUUCUGCAAUUAUCCAACACAUGCAGGUUCCUCAUUAUUCUGCUGCAGGUCAUGAUAUGAAAAUUUUCCAAAGUAUCUCGUGAUAAACGCGUAUAUAUUUCAGUUUUCGAAUUCUAUAUGAUUGUGUGCUUUACUUUAUUUCAAAUAAAUGCAUAAUAAAGCUAAAUGGUGUUUUUAAUGAUUUAAAAAUAAAUUAAUAAACUUCGAUUAAUAAUAGUACCCCUCUUUGUUUAGUGUUCUUGGUAGAAAGACUUGUCCUCAGAAGCAACAAAAGAGGAGAAGGCUUUCUAAAGUUUUAGACGAACGUAAAAAAGAGGCAGCUUUGAACAAAAUGUGUCAAAGUUUGUUGCCAUCGACCUCGAAAUUUAUGUCCGUCGAACUCAAUCCUCAUUUGAGUACUGUGAGUUCAGAUGAUGAUGAUUCUGAUCCAAAUCAAAUGCCCUCUAUAGCACUGCAUGGUCAGGAAGAGCAAAAAAAUGUUUUUUUUGAAGAUUAUGAUUUCAAUGAAGGAUUCAACCUUCCCCUUUCUUCUGCAUCAAGUGAUGAAGAGGUAGAAGAAAUUGGAUCCUUUUUGCGAAAUUGGUAUUUUGGGACUAAUGGAGUAGCCAUGAAACAUCUAACUUCAUUGUUAAAGGGGUUGAAAAAGUGGCAUCCUGAAUUACCAAGUACGGCAGCAACUUUGCUGAAAACCCCCCGCCGUGUUGAUGUCCAACAAAUGGGAUCUGGCGAAUUUUUUCACUUUGGACUGAAAAAUGGCAUUGAAAAGACUAUGAAGCAGCACCAUAUUGUGAAGGACUCUCUGCUAUUGGAUUUUAACAUUGAUGGUCUUCCUUUAUUUCGAAGCUCCAGAAAACAGUUUUGGCCCAUUUUGUGUAGAUUAUAUGCUUCACCCAUGCCUGCUAAUCCUUUCCUAGUCUCUCUUUUUUGUGGAUUGACGAAGCCACCUGUUGAGGAAUUUUUACAACCUGUUGUUCAGGAAUUAAAAGAUGUUCUUGUCAAUGGUAUAGUCAUAAGUCCAGAAAAUCAGAAAUUGUCUGUUAAGGUGAGAAGUUUCAUUUGCGAUACGCCCGCACGCUGCUUCAUUAAAUGUGUUAAGAAUUUUAAUGGGUAUAAUGGGUGUGAUCGUUGCGUUCAGCAUGGUGAGCGAGUCAAUAAUCGUACAGUUUUUUUAGAAAUGAAGGCAGAUCUGCGCACUGACUAUUCUUUUGAACAAAUGAUUCACGGUGGACAUCAUCUCGAUCAUCUAGUCAGUCCUUUAAAUGAUUUAAAGAUUGGCAUGGUAUCUUCUUUUCCACAUGAUCCUAUGCAUUUAGUUUAUCUCGGGAUGAUGAGAAAACUGUUAUACUCUUGGAAAGGAAAGGGAUCAUCACAUCUUGGAAAACUUCGGGCAAGGGACAGGAUCAGACUCGAUGAUAUGAUAACAUCUUCCAAGUCUUUGUGGCCUUCUGAUUUCGCUCGUGAGCCAAGAUCCUUAAAUGAGCUAGACUAUUGGAAAGCUACUGAGCUGAGGCAAUUUCUUCUUUAUCUUGGCCCAGUUUUGCUGAAGGAUAUUCUUCCAAUAGAAUAUUAUUCUCAUUUUAUGCUUCUUUUCAUCGCCAUCAGUAUAAUGAGUGUUGCCAAGUACAUGCACCUGAUCGAUGUUGCUAAAAAGUGUUUGUCAGACUUCGUUCGAGAUAGCAAGAAGUUAUAUGGCAAAGAAUUUUUAAUUUAUAACACGCAUUCUUUGUUGCAUUUACCAGCAGAUGCAGAGCGAUUGGGUCCCUUGCCUUCUUUUAGUGCAUUCCCAUUUGAAAACUUCUUGGGUAGCCUGAAGACUAUCCUGAUGAAACCGAAUUCACCAUUACAACAGGUUGUGAAGAGGUUGGCCGAAAAAAAUCUAUGUUUCUUUGAGCCAGAAAAUGUUGGGAAAAGCAAGGGUUUUAAUUCUUUAAAGGGAAACAAUGACAAAGAUUUGCCAACUGCUGGAGUUCAAGGGCUGAACUUACAUGGCCUUGCUUGUGAGGAAUAUAAGUUGACGACAAAACCCAGGGACUGUGUUGUUCUCCUUGAAGGAAACAUAAUUUUAAAAAUUUUUAAUUUUGUUCAGAAUGAAAAUGGAUAUCAUUUAAUUGGGAAGAGGUUUAAUCUGAAGAGUUUUUCGAGUUUUUAUUCAGGGCCUAUAAACAUGGAAGUUUUUGAUAUCUUUAGAGUUGAUGAACUUUCUGAAAGUUUUGAAUCAUUUCAUUCUUCUAAUAUCAAAUGCAAGGCCAUGUUGAUUAAAUAUCAUGAUAGUUAUGUCUGUGUACCUCUUCUCCAUGCAUCAACAUAGCACUACAAAUCCAUUACCAUCUCCACCAUAUCCAUUACCAUCUCCACCAUAUCCAUUUGUUGAUCAAAUAUCACGAUAGUUAUGUGUGUGUACCUCUUCUCCGUGCAUCAACAUAGCACUACAAAUCCAUUACCAUCUCCACCAUAUCCAUUACCAUCUCCACCAUAUCCAUUUGUUGAUCAAAUAUCACGAUAGUUAUGUGUGUGUACCUCUUCUCCGUGCAUCAACAUAGCACUACAAAUCCAUUACCAUCUCCACCAUAUCCAUUACCAUCUCCACCAUAUCCAUUUGUUGAUCAAAUAUCACGAUAGUUAUGUGUGUGUACCUCUUCUCCGUGCAUCAACAUAGCACUACAAAUCCAUUACCAUCUCCACCAUAUCCAUUACCAUCUCCACCAUAUCCAUUUGUUGAUCAAAUAUCACGAUAGUUAUGUGUGUGUACCUCUUCUCCGUGCAUCAACAUAGCACUACAAAUCCAUUACCAUCUCCACCAUAUCCAUUACCAUCUCCACCAUAUCCAUUUGUUGAUCAAAUAUCACGAUAGUUAUGUGUGUGUACCUCUUCUCCGUGCAUCAACAUAGCACUACAAAUCCAUUACCAUCUCCACCAUAUCCAUUACCAUCUCCACCAUAUCCAUUUGUUGAUCAAAUAUCACGAUAGUUAUGUGUGUGUACCUCUUCUCCGUGCAUCAACAUAGCACUACAAAUCCAUUACCAUCUCCACCAUAUCCAUUACCAUCUCCACCAUAUCCAUUUGUUGAUCAAAUAUCACGAUAGUUAUGUGUGUGUACCUCUUCUCCGUGCAUCAACAUAGCACUACAAAUCCAUUACCAUCUCCACCAUAUCCAUUACCAUCUCCACCAUAUCCAUUUGUUGAUCAAAUAUCACGAUAGUUAUGUGUGUGUACCUCUUCUCCGUGCAUCAACAUAGCACUACAAAUCCAUUACCAUCUCCACCAUAUCCAUUACCAUCUCCACCAUAUCCAUUUGUUGAUCAAAUAUCACGAUAGUUAUGUGUGUGUACCUCUUCUCCGUGCAUCAACAUAGCACUACAAAUCCAUUACCAUCUCCACCAUAUCCAUUACCAUCUCCACCAUAUCCAUUUGUUGAUCAAAUAUCACGAUAGUUAUGUGUGUGUACCUCUUCUCCGUGCAUCAACAUAGCACUACAAAUCCAUUACCAUCUCCACCAUAUCCAUUACCAUCUCCACCAUAUCCAUUUGUUGAUCAAAUAUCACGAUAGUUAUGUGUGUGUACCUCUUCUCCGUGCAUCAACAUAGCACUACAAAUCCAUUACCAUCUCCACCAUAUCCAUUACCAUCUCCACCAUAUCCAUUUGUUGAUCAAAUAUCACGAUAGUUAUGUGUGUGUACCUCUUCUCCGUGCAUCAACAUAGCACUACAAAUCCAUUACCAUCUCCACCAUAUCCAUUACCAUCUCCACCAUAUCCAUUUGUUGAUCAAAUAUCACGAUAGUUAUGUGUGUGUACCUCUUCUCCGUGCAUCAACAUAGCACUACAAAUCCAUUACCAUCUCCACCAUAUCCAUUACCAUCUCCACCAUAUCCAUUUGUUGAUCAAAUAUCACGAUAGUUAUGUGUGUGUACCUCUUCUCCGUGCAUCAACAUAGCACUACAAAUCCAUUACCAUCUCCACCAUAUCCAUUACCAUCUCCACCAUAUCCAUUUGUUGAUCAAAUAUCACGAUAGUUAUGUGUGUGUACCUCUUCUCCGUGCAUCAACAUAGCACUACAAAUCCAUUACCAUCUCCACC